AUCUUUCCAGAGCCAAGUGUGUUAUUAGAUGUAGCUGAGCAGUACAUGGUAUUACCUUACUUAGAAGAUGGAUCAGCCAGUCGUGAUGAUGUUAAGUCUGAUGAGGAUAGCAGGAUUAAUGUUGAUAAACAUGACAUGUUUAUGGCUUUCAAUCUGUCAAGAUCACAAAACUUGGAAGCAGCAGAUGCUCAUGCUGAAUCUGAAGAAACUGAAGAUUUUGAUCCUCAGCUUUUCUUAAGAAAUCAACCGGAAUUAUCUGAUGUCGUAUUCAGUUAUUUCCCUGAUAUGCAGCCAAAUGACUCUUUAAAAAGGAAGGCGAAACUCUGGUCCAUUCGACUCUGGAAGCCUGCAGAGAUACAGACUUUUCCUUCAGAGUGUCUUUCAAUAUGCAAGAGAACAAUGUUUACGUCAAACAAAGGCCACACCUUUAUAGAUGGGAUUUAUAGCAAGGAUUUAACUGUUUUGGGUCUUGAUCUGGCAAAAGUGGCUAUAAUUGACAACUGUCCACAUGUGUACAGAUUGCAAAUAAACAAUGGGAUCCCUAUCAAAAGUUGGUAUGAUGAUCCAACUGAUGAUAGUCUGAUUACAUUACUUCCCUUCUUAGAGUCAUUGGCUGAUGCCAACGAUGUUCGUCCUGUCAUUGCCAAGAGAUUCGGUAACAAGGAAUAAGAAAUCUCUUCCUUUUGUUUUCCUCUAUAGCUUGAUUGCAGAUUCUGGAUUUCUUUUACAGAUUUAGUCAUAGACUAGUUUAGUUCCUCAAGACUUGUUAGGUGCUAUUUAAUUAGUGAACCAUAGAAUAAUGAUCGGUGAUGUUAGUACACAAGUAAGAGUAACCCUUGUCUUAGCCAGGAUAAGAAUAGAUCAUCGGAAUCUUAACAGUCUGUUCUAAAUGUACAGUUGGUGAAGCUGAGAUACUUAAUGUAUAAAAAGUGAGUAAUUUU